AUGGUCACACCUGGCGCAAUUCCUAUUGCACCAGGCGUGCUAGGAGGCAGAGACCCUAGAAGGUCUCAUAUGCCCGGCGUGCCAAACCCGCGCUCGGCGCAAGGUAGGCAAAGACUUCCCCAAGGUCUUACGCCCGGCGCAAUUACCAAUUGUGCCCGGCGCCACCACUGGCAGAGACUCCCCAGGAGUCUCCACGCCCAGCGAGACGUAGUCACGCCCGGUGUCACACUAGAAUCCCAAAAUGCCAAGUUACUUCCUGAUAUCGCGCCCAGCAUGAUCUUGCGCCAGCAGAAAGUGAAGAAUCAUAUCAGUACUAUUAGUGAGUUUACAGGAGUAAUGUCAAUUGAUUUUUGGAAGACAUUAAAUGAAAUUCACCCAAGUUUGGGUGAUUCAUCAAAAGGUACGCUACAGAGCAUCAGCAAUGAUACUCUUGCCAGAUUAACUGGGGUCAUUCAUUCAUUAAAGCGGGAGAAGCAACAAAGGCUACAAAAGAUACAAGAGCUUGCCAAAUUUAUGGUAGAGCUAUGGGAUCUUAUGGAGACACCAAUUGAAGAGCAAAAGGCCUUUAGCCAUGUUAUUAGAUUAAUUUCAGCAUCAGUUGAUGAAGUGUCAACACAAGGAUGCCUUUCUGCAUAUGUCAUUGAGAAGGUCGAGGUUGAAGUUCAGCGCUUAAAUGUUGUGAAAGCCAGUAAGAUGAAGGAUUUAGUGUUUAAGAGGCAGAAUGAGCUUGAAGAAAUUUACAGAGGAGUUCACAUGGAUGUAGAUAGUGAAGCUGCUAGACAGAUUUUGACUAGCCUCAUUGAAUCUGGUAAUAUUGAUCUGUCUAAUUUGCUUCAAAGCAUGGAUGAUCAAAUCAGAAAAGCCAAAGAGCAAGCUCUAAGCAGAAGAGAUAUCUUAGAUAGGGUAGAGAAAUGGAAAUUUGCUGCUGAGGAGGAAAAGUGGUUAGAUGAAUAUGAAAGGGAUGAAAAUCGAUAUAGUGCAGUAAGAGGAGCACACAAAAAUUUGAAGCGCGCUGAGAAAGCACGGAUUCUUGUCAGCAAGAUACCAUCUAUGGUGGAGAAUCUGACUGCAAAAAUAAAAGCCUGGGAAAUGGAAAAAGGAAUACCCUUCUUAUAUGAAAAGGUUCCUUUGUUACAUAACUUGGAUGAAUAUAUUUUGCAACGGCAACUGAGAGAAGAAGAGAAGCGCAAAUCUCGGGAGCAGAAGCGACUACAGGAACAACAUGCUGUAGAGCAAGAGGCACUUUAUGGUUCAAGGUCUGCAACCAAAAAGCCUCUAGGUCAGAGCACUAAUGCUAACACCAAUGUUGGGACACCCAUCGGCCGCCGAAUGCUUACUCCUUCCGGCCACCAUCGAACCUCAGGAGGAAAGGAUCGUAGAGAGAGUGGAAGAGUGAAUAACAUAAUUCCAGUGAACUAUGUUGCUCUUCCAAAAGAUGAUUCUGUUCCUAGGGGCAAUUAAGGCUUCCCUCAAAUUUAACUCUUGUAAAUCAGUCAGCUUUGUAAAUGCGUUUACUUUACAAGCUCUAUGUUUUGAAACAUCAUAUAAAGGAUUAGCUCUCAACUAGAGGUUCUUAACUUUUUUGAUUGAUUGAUUGUAAAUUGGUAAAUGACAGAUGACUGACCAAUUAUAGGCUUGAUAUAAAAAGGUUGUACAAUUUAUGGGCUAACUAGAUUAAAAAUAUAAUAGAACUCAUUCGUGCCCUUUCAUGUUGUC